AUGAACAACGAGCCUAUUCGGCUGACCCUCAGGGGCAGCUCACAUGAGAUUGGUCUCCAGCAUGGCCGCGCUUUACAGGAUCAGAUCCGCAGCCAAAUCACCAUCUACGGCACCAUGUUCCAACACACGUCACAAUUAUCCUGGCAAGAUGUGCGCAAUGUUGCCAGGGAAUUUCUACCAACUCUUAGUAGGUUAACUCCACAUCUCCUUGUCGAGAUGGAGGGGAUUUCGGAGGGCGCUGGGCUUGAUGUGGCAGAUGUGGUGGCGCUCAACUGCCGGAGCGAGAUUGCCCUAGGCAAGUUCUCGGACGGCUGCACAGCAUUAUGCUGGCAGAAAAGUAGUAAAUCCCGGGUUCUGUCGCAGAACUGGGACUGGACCGCAGCUGUGAAGAAGAAUCUUGCCAUGGUGUCAAUUGAGCAGGUCGGGAAGCCGACCAUCUAUAUGGUAACUGAGGCAGGCAUUGUCGGCAAAAUUGGGUUCAAUACCGCCGGCGUCGGCACCUGUCUCAAUGCCAUCCGGGCCAAGCCGAUGGACAGCAGCAAGCUCCCAAUUCACGUUGCUCUCCGGUUGUGUUUGGAGAGUACUUCGGUGGCUCACGCUGUACAAACACUCGAGUCCUUGGGUGGCGUGGCCUCUGCCCAGCAUAUCCUGGUAGCUGACAGUACGACGGCAUUGGGACUGGAACUAUCGCCGGUGGGAGAUAAACAUCUUUCCCAAGAUUCGUCCGGGCUGAUCGGACACACAAACCACUUUAUCGAGAACCGCUAUGUCGACGAGCCUCUGUGGCUAUCGGGAUCACCUGUUCGUCUAGAACGCUUAGGGCACUUGACACAGAAACUGAUCCAGAAAGGUGUCGAGGGCGAGGCUAUCACAACGACUCUCCUGCGAGACCAUAUUUUCUCGGAUGCAUACAAUGCUCCACAGGCGAUCUCCUGCCAAGAAGACCCAAGUCGACACACAUCCUCGCGAAGCAGUUCUUUGUUCAACAUCGUGAUGAACUUGGACUCGGCGCAUCUGGGGGCAGAAGUGGUGUUUGGUCGGUUAGGAUCGGGCGAAGAGAGUGCUGUAUGGAAGAUGCCGUGGUGUUGA